AUGUCAGCAACAGUCGCACAUAGCAUACCACCCACCCAGAGCGACUCUAAAUCAGGCUACCUUUCCGUCCCUCAAAAUGCAGCCCUACAUAAUGGCGACACCGGUGAUCUCACACAUGAAGAAUUUGAACUUCAAACAGUAGACUCGCUAGAUUUUGAAGUUGAAGGUGAAGGUUCUUUAGAACAGCCCGAGGAAACAGGACGAUCAAAUAUGAAGAUGGCUUUUAUGAAUAUGGCAAAUUCCAUCUUGGGUGCCGGGAUCAUCGGCCAACCAUUUGCAUUCAAAAACAGUGGAUUAGUUGGUGGGAUUGUCGUUAUGAUAUUACUAACAUUGUUGAUUGACUGGACAUUGCGUUUAAUUGUCAAGAAUUCAAUCUUAUCACAAACAAAAUCUUACCAGGACUCGGUAAAUUACUGUUUUGGACUAGCGGGGAAAAUUUUGUUACUAGUGUCAAUUUGUUCCUUUGCCUAUGGUGGGUGUAUGGCAUUUUGUGUUAUUAUUGGUGAUACUAUCCCUCAUGUGUUGAAAGCAUUCAUACCGAAACUGAUCACUGGCCCUGGAUCCCCCAUUGCCUGGUUAUUUUAUAGAAACACCAUCAUUAUCUUGUUCACGGCAUGCAUCUCCUAUCCACUUUCCCUCAACAGAGACAUUUCGAAGCUUGCCAAGGCUUCUGGGUUUGCCUUGGUAGGGAUGUUAAUCAUCGUGAUAUUAACCAUUGCCCGGGCUCCAUUUGUAUCCCUGGAGCUUAGAGCCAAGUUAACCUUGCCGGAAUGGACCGUCAAUUACAAUAUCUUCCAAGGGGUUUCCGUGAUUCUGUUUGCCCUUGUGUGUCACCACAAUACCAUGUUCAUUUACAACUCAAUGAAGAAUGCGACACUCCCAAAAUUCGCCAAACUCACCCAUAUAUCGUGCAUAGUGUCUAUGAUUUUCUGUAUGAUUAUGGGAAUCAACGGGUUGCUCAAUUUCGGAGACAAGACCAAGGGUAAUCUCCUAAACAACUUCAGAUCGGAUGACAAUUGGAUCAACAUUGCCCGGUUCUGUUUUGGACUAAACAUGUUGACCACCUUCCCACUCGAAAUCUUUGUCGUGCGUGAUGUCCUUAAGGAAAUCAUCCUUGCCAAGCAUGCAAGCCAAGGAAGUAUAGCAGAGUUGGAAUUAUCAUCAAGACAGCAUUUCUUCAUCACCACCUUUCUUGUAUUUUCGUCAAUGUCAGUAUCAUUAUUCACGUGUAAUUUAGGUAUGAUUUUAGAAUUAAUAGGAGCCACCCUGGCGUCUCUAAUGGCAUUCAUUAUCCCACCAUUGUGUUACUUCAAGUUAAGUUGGCAACAACAGGAUUUUGUUAAUUGUUCACCAAAGGAUAAAAGGAGGUUUAUUAUUUAUAAGGCAUUGCCUAGUGUUGGUUGUGUCGUGUUUGGAGUGUUGGUUAUGUUUAUUAGUAGUUUUAUGACUAUAAGUCAGGCGGUAAGACAUAAAGGUGAAGAAGGUCAUUGUGUCAUUGAUUAA